AUGAUGUCUGCCAACUGCGAGAACGCUUCAAGCAACGUAUCGGGCUCAAUGGCGGAUCUUCAGCUAAACCAACCCACUACCCCUAAAAAUCGGUCUGCUUUCGAUCACAAAGCAGUAGUUGUCGGCUUAUACGGAAUUCCAGGCUCUGGCAAAACGUUUCUGCUGAACAAACUGAAGCAGGAGCUCGGACAGACGCAGUUCUCGUUCUACGAAGGCUCCGAGAUGAUUUCUACCGUUGUGCCUGGCGGUCUUGACGCAUUUCAGAGCAUGGAAGAACAAGAGAAGGCGCACUGGCGCCGGCAUGCUAUUGACGCGAUUGGAAAGAACUGCGCUGACAGCGGACAAGUUGCAGUCGUCGCUGGACAUUUCAUGUUCUGGUCAGAGGAGCAGGAGGCUGGACGGCCAGUGUAUACCCUAAAUGACUUGGAGAUAUUUACGCACAUCGUCUAUUUAGACGUCCUCGCCGAGGUUGUCGAGCGACGUCGUCUGGACGACACCGAAAGGAGUCGCCCGUCCACAUCGGCAAGCCAUUUGCACAAGUGGCAGCAGGAAGAAAAGACUCAGCUGCGCGAUCUCUGCCGCCGUCAUGGCAUUUUGUUUUCGCCCGUAUCGCCAUCUCCGACGCUGCUGAACAAAGUCUCGAGACUGCUACGCGAGUUCAAGUACCAUAACGAGGAAUACAACCUAUCUCAGGCCAAAAUCAAGCUAGACGAUGUUGUUGUUGCUAAUCAACGCCAGCUGGAGACAGUGUUGGUCAUGGACGCCGACAGGACGUUGGCUGCAGAGGACGCAGGCGCAUUGUUCUGGAAGAGGGUCUCAGACUCGCGGCCAUUGCAAGGUGCAGCAUCCACAUUGAAUACGUUAUUCAGCAGCCCUUUAGGUCACUCAUAUACUGCUUUUCGCCAGGCCGUAUUGAUAUAUGAAGAGACCGCUAGUGAUGAAGAGUUUGAUACCCUUUGCCAAGAAGUGGCGUUGGCGGUGACCAUGCAUCCUGAGAUUGUGUCACUGUUGCAACUGGUGGCAGAGCAAAAGCAUGUUGGCGCGGUGGUGGUCACCUGUGGACUGCGUCGUGUCUGGGAUAAGGUGCUGGAGAGAGAACGUCUAUCGGAGAAGGUAAAAGUUAUUGGUGGAGGACGCAUUGCAGAUGGGUUCGUCGUUUCAGCGGCAGUAAAGGGCGCCUUGGUUGCCCGUUUGCGAGAGGUCCACCACAUGCGUGUUUGGGCGUUCGGAGAUAGUCCGCUGGACUUGGACAUGUUGCGCAAGGCAGAUCGAGCCAUCGUCGUAGUUGGUGAGGAACAGACCAGGAGCAAGACCAUGGAUGCGGCCUUGACAAACGCCAUCGACUAUGACGGCCUUCGGGCGCACCAGGCUGUACUGCCAAGCAAUGCCUCACCACGGCUAGAUACUACCAAGCUUCCCGUGAUCAAGCUCACCGAGCCCGCAUUCGUCAAGUCUCUCCUGUGCGACCGAUAUACACAUGAUGGUCUUCAAGUUUUUUGUGCCACAGAUAGGAACGCAGCGAAGCUGCUCGCAACGCGGAUGCGCGAUGCAGCUGUUGCCGGCCCGGACCUGAGGGAAGCGCAUCGCCGCGUCGGCUGGUAUCUGGCGAAUGAGUUCGUGGCCGAUGUGAUGGGUCUCGAACAGUGUCCAAUUCGGCAUGUCCUGGGCAAUCAAACAAGAGGCUACCAGCUUUUUCACGAGCAACAGACAACGAUCGUGGCGCUAAUGCGCGGCGGAGAACCCAUGGCUUCUGGCGUCAACGAUGCCUUCCCGCUUGCCAUGUUCCUCCAUGCCAGCGAUGCUGACGAUAUCAAGCUCCAUCAUUUGCAAGGACAGCUCACAGUGAUACUGGUAGAUUCGGUAGUCAAUACCGGCAAGACAAUUGUUAAAUUCGUGCAGCACGUUCGCAAGCUUCAUGCCACUAUUCGCAUCGUGGUAGUCGCCGGUGUCGUUCAGGCCCAGUGCCUUUCUGGGGGCAGUCUCAACCAGACACUCGCACGUUACGCAAAACUUCAUCUUAUUGCGCUUCGCCUUUCUGACACCAAAUUCACUGGCAGUGGCACCACCGACACCGGUAACCGUCUGUUCAGCACGACGCAUUUGUCCUGA